AUGUCGCAGCAAGCUUCACUCCAGUCCUUUUUCACCCAGUCUUCCCAACAAGGGACAGCCCCCUCGCAGAACAGGAACACUCAGGUUCCCGACCUAACCCCAUCCGGAGCUCAGGAACAGGAAUUCUCCUCGACCUUUGCAACAGAAUCCGACUACAACGACCCCUACCAGCCGAGAGUUGACUACCUCUACCCGAGCAUUGUCCCCCAGGACACCCACACCCAGACGGACCUGAACUACAUCACCUGGGCCAUUAGACAUGCCACCAGCCGGAUCUGCCCACCCUCCGACAGGAUUGAAAUCCUCGAAGAGCAAACGACUACUCUCCGGAGAACAGUGGAUACACUGAAACAUCAGAUCGAGGCGCAGACAAACAUGAUCACCAAUAUGCAUUCGGCGAUCCACGCGCUCCUCAACAAACAAUCACAACCGCAGCAUCCGCAACAACCGCAACAAUCGCAACAACAGCAUCAACAGCAACAACAGCAACAGCAGCGAAAACCACAGCAACCGCAAGGACAGAGAAUGCCCCCUCCAGCGGUCCCACAAACAGCCCCCCAAGCAGCGCCACAGGCAGCUCCUCAGGCCCCCCCACCCGCACCCCCCCAACAAGCCCCACCUCGUGGAUGGAAGGCAGGCACCUGGGCCGCCGUGGCCUCGGUACCCGGUCCUGCCCAAGGUAACUUCCAGGUCAUCGAGAGGAAAAAGAAGUCCGCAAAGCCAAAAGCGGAUCCCCUCUUCAAACCAGAGUACACCAAGAUCAACAGGGAGAUCAUCGUGGAAACUACUGCCCCAUCCGACGUUAACCCCUCCGAGAUCAGAACCCUCGUCAAUGCAAGAAUCCAAGACGAGUCCUGCCAUUUCAUUUCGGCAAGAAGAACACCCAAGGACAACUUCAUCCUGGAAACAAAAUUCGUUACCCCUGCAACAAAGGCAAUGGAAUAUGCCAAAGAAAUUGAGGAGGCCCUCCUCACCCUACAGGUACCGGUCGCUGUCAUCCGCGCAAACUCCAAAUGGUCAAAGUUUCUCCUCCACGGAAUCCCCACAACGGUCGGGGAGGGCAUUGAGGCGGGACAACUAGUAGCAUCAGAAAUCAGAAGCAACUAUGGAGAGAACUUCCAACUUGCCCAGGUUCCCCGCUGGAUAUCCAGGGCAGAAACUCAAAUGGAGAAAACCCACUCAUCAAUGGUAAUCGCGCUCCCAGGACAAGUCACAAUGGAAACACUAGGAGUUAAGUUCCUAUCCCUCUUUAACCGGAGCUGCCACAUCGAGGCCUUCCUCCCAACCUUCCCAGACACCCAAUGCACGAAGUGCCUCGAAUACGGUCACCGCCAGGAGAAAUGCAAAAACAGUGGGAGAUGCGGUCAUUGUGCCGGAGAUCAUCUCACCAGCUUCCACCCAUGCAAUCAAUGCCAGGGAGGAUACAGAUGCACCCACACCCCAAUCAGAUGUCUGAACUGUAAAGGAAUCCAUAAGGCCUCCGACCCAGCAUGCCCCGAAAGAGUUAAACGCCGAUUCCUCAACAAAGGAAAGGAAAACGCCCCACCCGCUCAAGAUCCACCGGCCGCACCCAUCCAGGAGCCGCUUCCGGUAGUUCAAGUACCAGCCACCACCCCAGUCGGAGCAACACCCGCGGCGGUAGAAGAAGCGGAAACAGACUCUAGUAUUUAUUUUCUAUUACUACAAGAACCAUGGACCUCAGCAGAGGGAUACCCACCAGAAUCAAAUCUCUUUUAUAUUUUUACGGCCAGCAACACCAAUACAAAAUGUGCAACAUACGUCCGCAAACAUGCCAAUCUCAAACCAAAACACCACUACACACACGAUAAUUUCAUAGUAUCGAUUACGGUAGAAAUCCAAACCAAAAAAACCCAAAUCCUAAACAUAUACUCCCCAGGCCGAAGUGGCCCCUUCGCCCAAAUAGCAAGUACAAUCCAAACCCUUGAUAACUGUCUAGUAAUGGGAGACUUCAACUGCCACCAUCAGAUGUGGUACGGAGUAAAUUCACAUGAAUACAGAAACAACAUCCGAGCAGACCGGGUCAACGGCGCACGGUUAAAACGAUGGAUAACCCGACAGAAAUUGACCCUCCUGAAUGAACCAGGCGUCUUUACGCACUUCCCCAGAGACAGAGGGAAAAGGCCUACAACCAUCGACCUUGCAUUUGUUAAAGGCUCAACACUCGACCACAACCUACGAUGGAGCACCGAACCCUAUGGAGCGGGCUCAGACCACGGGAGAACCUCCGUCCACUUACACUUGGAGAAACCACCUUUUGUACCAAGACGAAUGUGGCGACAAACAGACUGGAAGCUAUUGGAGAACCACAUGUCAAACAUCUCCAUCCCUGCAGAGGCAUGGGAAACCAAGGAACACACGGAACAAACUGUCGAUUUCUUCCUAGAACUGGUUAGGUCAACAGUCAGCAUAGUAACACCACUCUCGAAGGAGGGAGUAAGAGCCAACUCCUGGUGGUCAGAUGAGAUGAAACAGAUGAAGGCAAGGGUAAACGCAGUAGAAAGGAAGGCGAGAAAUACAAGGAAAUCCAAUCACGUGGAGGAACACCGGAAGGCUUGCAGAGAAUGGACAGCCAUGAUCCGGAAAGCGAAAGCGGACCAGCGGGAAAAGACGAUGAACGAGGCGAAAGGUAGUGAAGUCUGGAGAAUCCUAAGCGCGGGAAGGAGAAGAGACACAAUCAUACCAACCAUACAAGGUGAAGAAACGUUCACGGGGAAGUGUCAAGCUCUAAGAGCCCAACUUUUCCCCUCGAAACGGACGUCCCCCGACCAUCCCCCCUUGAACAUUAGACCCCCCUCUUUUGACCUUAGCAACACCUUCGACAGAGUCACCCCCGAAGAACUUAACAAAGCAAUCGACUCCUGCCCAGCGCACUCGGCGACUGGCCCGGAUGGCAUCCCUUAUACCUUUAUCAAAGCUAUAGUCAAAGCAAACACAACUCUAAUCCAAGACAUGUUCUCCGCUAUGCUCCGGCACGGUGUACAUCCAGCGGAAUGGAAAAUAGCUAAGUGUAUCCCGAUCCCGAAACCCGGUAAAGCAAAUUACCAUGAAGCAAAAGCCUACCGGCCCAUUUCCCUUCUACAAUGCACACUCUCAGCAAACCAAUUCGGAGGAAGACCAACCAUCUCGGCAAUCGAUGCCCUCCUGAGAACCUUGACACCAAUACAACAAAACCUACUAUUAAAAAACAGCACCGGAAUCGCCCGGCGAGACAGACCAGCGAUCCUAACCAACGACAUCCAAGGAGCAUUCAAUUGUGAAUUCAACACUGGCAGAAAACUACAGUUCCAAUUCAACCAUGAGCUAGAGGAACCACAGCCCUAUGAUUCCGGAGUGCCGCAAGGUAGCCCCAUGUCUCCGGUACUAUUCAUGAUCUAUGCCGGAGUAAUUCUGGACCCAACUAGCAGCCCAAAAGAGAUGGACACAACUUACAUUGAUGACGAUGCGCUGGUACAAAUAUCCAAAACACCAGGCUUUACAAUCAAGAGAAUGGAGGAACGAAUGAGAGAGAGACUAAUUAAAGCUGAGCCACUCCAAAUCAAAUACGACCCGGACAAAUCCGAUCUGAUCUUCUUCCGGCCCACGACAUCAUCCACACAACAACCACGACUUCCAGUCAAAGUGAACAACAUCAAUAUAUACCCCAAAGAGAGGCUGAAAUACGUAGGAGUCUGGAUAGAUCCAACACUCUCCUUCCGGCCCCAUAUCGAAGCAGCAAUCGCAAAAGGCCUAAAAGCCCUCCACCAAAUCCGAAACACCGCCCGCCUGCCAGGGAUAACAGUCAAGACAGUUCAUCACCUAAUAAUACAGGGCUUCCUUCCAAGCCUGCUCUACGGAUCUGAGGCUUGGUGGACUGGCGCAGACCACAUCAUUAGAUCGCUAGAACCACUAUACAACGAAGCUGCCCGGAUCAUCACGGGCCUACCUCGAUGGACCAAGAGAGCUAAACUCCUCCGAGAAGCAGGACUACCCCCCCUAGAACACCUCCUAACAUAUCGCUCAAGAAAGUACGGAACCAGAAUACUCUGCACCGAGGCAACCCACCCCAACAAUGAAUCCCUGAUCGAGCUCCUUCCAUACAGAGAAGCAAACAUCAAAGGGACAGGGCUACACCGAAUCGCCUCCCUCCUACUCCCAUAUCAAACCCCCGGAAAUGCGAGAGACAAGUGGAAUCAAAACAAACUACUACGCGACCACCUGUUGGAAGAAUGGAAUACACAACCAAUACCGGACUACCAUCACCGGGGGGAUUUCCGCCCCCCUCCCAAGAUUGCGAAACUCACCCUAACGGAAGCGAAAAAAGUUUUUCGAAUCCGGUGCCAAACUACCCGAAUCGAUAAACACGCGGUAUAUACAGACCCCGAACAAUGCCAGUGUGGUAUGGAAAACUCAGCGAAACACACACUUAUGGAAUGCCCAGCGUGGGCUCGAAUCCGCGCCCCUUUGAUAGAAAAGAUCCCCGGAGCGAUGACCUGGGAAAACUGGAUGUUUACAAACUUGAAAACGGACCUUAUCUUACAAUUUGCAAAAAAUUCUCAACUCUCGAAGUGGUACGAGUCGGCGGAAGCGGAGGAGGACCUAGAAGAGGGGAUGGAAGAAAAUGAUUAG